AUUAAUUAUAUAGUAAGCAGUAAAUAGUAGUAACAGAUAGGAUAUAAAUAGUGAAGGAAAGUAAGAGUAAGAUAAGAAAGCAGCUAUUGUGUUAUUGGGUGGAGUGUGAGAAUCCAAAUAUCUGUAUCUAUCUAUCUCCCUCUGCAAUUAUCCAUUUUCUGGGGCGCAUUUUAGCAACAAUGGUGCACCCAAUAGCAGAGGCAAACGAGGAAAGUCCGUUCGGGAAACUAACGCCGGAAGAGUUCUACGCGCAUCACUCAGUGAGUCACGGUUCCGAGUUCGUGACGAACCCUAGAGGUCUCAAGCUCUUCACACAGUGGUGGACCCCACUCCCUCCAAAAACCAUCAUUGGAACCCUCGCCGUCGUGCACGGAUACACCGGCGAGUCCAGCUGGCUCCUCCAGCUCACCGCCGUCCACUUCGCCAAGGCCGGUUUCGCCACCUGCGCCCUCGACCACCAGGGCCAUGGCUUCUCCGACGGCCUCGUCGCUCACAUCCCCGACAUCAACCCCGUCGUCGACGACUGCAUCACCUUCUUCGAGAAUUUCCGUUCUCGCUUCGAUCCCUCGCUUCCUUCGUUUCUCUACGCCGAAUCCCUCGGCGGCGCAAUCGCGCUUUUAAUCACUCUCCGCCGCCGCGAAAUGCUGUGGAGCGGCGUUAUUCUCAACGGCGCCAUGUGCGGGAUCAGCGCCAAGUUCAAGCCGCCGUGGCCGCUCGAGCACUUCCUCUCCGUCGUCGCCGCGGUCAUCCCGACGUGGCGCGUGGUUCCCACGCGCGGCUCCAUCCCCGAGGUGUCGUUCAAGGUUGAGUGGAAGCGGAGGCUGGCGCUGGCGAGCCCGCGGAGGACGGUGGCGCGUCCACGAGCCGCCACCGCGCAGGAGCUGCUUCGGAUCUGCCGGGAGCUUCAGGGGAGGUACGAGGAGGUGGAGGUGCCGCUGCUGGUGGCGCACGGCGGCGACGACGUGGUGUGCGACCCCGCGUGCGUGGAGGAGUUGCACGCACGCGCCGCGAGUAAGGAUAAGACGCUGAAGAUAUAUCCCGGGAUGUGGCAUCAGAUGGUUGGGGAACCCGAAGAGAACGUGGAGCUAGUGUUUGGGGACAUGUUGGAGUGGCUUCGUACACGCGCUCAACGCGCCCCCGUGCACGGUGUUGCUUAGGGUCAACUCUUUUACUUUAUAUUAUAAUAAUAAUAAUAAUAAUAUUAUUAUAAUAGUGUUGGUUGGGCCAGGUUGGCUUGUGCUCUGAUAAGAUAUUAUUGUUUAUUCCUAUAAAUUGUUAUGGGUUCCAUUCCACGGUUCAUAAAAAAUAGAGUAGUGAUAGUUUCGUUGUUAA